ACACGGGCUGGAUUAGCGGGCUUGAGAUAUCCUCCUUGCGCUCGCGAAGGAACCGCCCGACAGCGGACGCGAGCCGCUGCCAAAUACGAUGGCCGCUUCUCUCCUCCAUCUCCCGUCCCCUUCUCUCUCGCUACGGAGAGUGGCUGGGUACCUCGCACUGCUCACAAUCUGUUUGUUGAAACGUCGACUUGACAACAAUAUGCCAAUCUCUUAUGCAAACUCUGGUGACAGUCUUGCAGUUUUUCCACGAAGAAUUGAGUUCGAUUCCGACAUCAUUGCGAGGCCUGGAUUGCUGUGCUUUUCUGCGAAAGGGUUCUUGAAGCUACGCUAUGCUCUAGAAGAAGAUUAUCUUUCUUGCAGUCCGGAGAAUUUGCCGAGUUCAAAGAUGCUUGAUAAAUCAAACGCUGAUAUGGAUGAUAUGGAGGACUUUGAGAGACAGAUUCAAGAUUUCUUUAUUGAAGUCAGAACCAAGCUUGAAAUGGGAAAUAAAGAGGAUGCCGUAGACUUACUUCAAGCAAAUUAUGAAGUGGUCAAGGAGCAGAUCGAUGAAGGUGCUAAAGGUGUAGAGCAAGCUGCUAUUCUAGAUGUUAUAGCUUUGGGAUACACGGGUGUAGGCAACCUUAAGGUUGUUGAGCAUCUACUUGAUAUGUUGAACAACAUAGUCUGUGCUCUGCGUGAUGACAAUCCACUAGUGGAUUCAAUACUAAUACAUAUGGGAAGUAUGUUCACAACUUUGGGGAAGUUUGAGGAUGCUAUUCUUGUAUACCAAAGAGGUCUCAAAAUUCUUGAGAGAGAGUUUGGAAACAACAGUCCUUUCCUUAUAACACCACUUAUGGGGAUGGCAAAAGUCUUUAGGUCAAUUGGAAAGGUCACUAAAGCCAUAACAAUUUAUCACCGGGCUGUUGAUAUUUUGGAGAAGAACAGAGGAGCAAAAAGCGAGGAGCUUGUGAUACCUUUAUUUGCCCUUGGCAAUCUUUUUAUCAGUGAAGGAAAGGCAACAGAUGCUGAAACUUGCUUUAGCAGGAUUUUAGGCAUAUAUAAAAAAAUAUAUGGAGAAGAUGAUGGGAGGAGUGGAAUGGCUAUGUGUUCUUUGGCACAUGCUCUUUGUGCAAACGGAAGCGUGCAGGAGGCUAUUCAUACAUAUAAAAGAGGUCUUCAAGUUGUAAGGGAUUCUGAGUUUAUGAAUUUAGAUGAUGAUGUUCUGGAAAAAAUGAUGAUUGAUUUGGCAGAGUUGCUCCAUGUUACCGGAAGGGAACAGGAGGGCAGAGAGCUACUUGAGGAAUGUUUGCUGAUCACUGAAAGGUACAAAGGGAUGGAGCAUCCUAGUUCAGUGACUCACGUACUGAAUCUUGCGACCUCGCAUUCUCGUUCAAAAAAUUUUGUUGAGGCAGAGCGCUUGCUAAGGACAUGUUUGCAUAUCAUGUCCAAAACAGCGGGCCCAACUGAUCGGUCCAUCACGGUCCCAAUGUUACACCUGGCAGUUACAUUAUACCAUUUAAAACGAGAUGAAGAAGCUGAAAGUCUUGCCACAGAAGUGUUGCACAUCCGUGAAAAUGCAUAUGGAAAAGAAUCUCUUCCAGUAGGUGAAGCCCUUGAUUGCCUAGUUUCAAUCCAGACAAGAUUAGGAAGGGAUGACAGUGACAUAUUGGCCAAGUUAAAAAGAAUUUUGAGCAUUCAAGAGAAAGAGAUGGGUUAUGAAAGUGAAGAGGUGAUGACAACCCUUAAAAAGGUUGUUUACUAUCUGGACAAAAUGGGGAAGAAAGAAGAGAAGUUGCCUCUCCAGAGGAGACUGUCCUUGCUCAGAACCAAAUACAAGCAUAAGGUUCCUGUUUGAGAGAUUGUCGAGCUUUGGAUUCUUAGAUGCUGGAUGCGGCCUUUGGGAGUUACAAGAGUAACCUGAUCCUGCCUAUGCUACAUUGUUUGACAUGCUGUUUGGACAUCAGGCCCAAGUUACAGGCAGGUCCGUGAAAUCAGCUGUUAAAUUGCAGCCGGCCGUGCAACAACCCCUUUGAACGGAUAGUGCUGUAUCGGUGAUGGUCCGAACAACAGAUCAUUAGUUAAACUGGAACUCCAUCAUUGAUAUGGUUUCUUGAGUUCCAUGGUCAUUUGCUGAGCCAUAUAAACCAGGUGAUUGUUACUUCAUUUGGGGAAUGCGGGCCUUUGCUACAACAGAGCAAAAGCCUGCAAGCUGUUGUGACAACAACAGAAAUUUCACGCAUAAGUGGUCCAUGUGUUUGUCUGUAAAUGUCAGUCUUGAGUAAUAUAUCAUUCUGUUCAGCUUUGAUAGGAUGUUGUGCGGAUUUCUGUGCACUGGAGCACAGUAUCUCAUUGCCAUCCUGAGAAAAAAUGCUUAACAUGUAGAGAAAGAUGAUGUUCAAUCUCAAGGGCCAGAUAAUCGUCUUGCAGCAUACUGCAGGGAGGAUCCAAUAA